GUUUUGACAAGUGAUGUUCAGGAUGAAGGUUUUACAGUACACCAGCGUUUUCUUGGUUGCCAUCGCUGUAGCUGCCACUUCUGAUCCUUGUGCGCAAAACCUUGUCACUGGUCCGUAUGGAGUCCCGGAUGACCACAUCACCGCUUCGAGCAGUCUAAACGGAAACAUCUACGCUGGACCUGAAAGGGGUCGCCUUAACACUACUGCUAGCCAGCUACCAAAUGGAACUUAUAUCCAGGGAUCAUGGGCGCCCACUCAAAAUUCCAAAAAGGAAUACAUCCAGGUUGAAUUGAAAGAUGCAAGUCUCAUCAGAGGAGUCAUGACACAGGGACGGAAUAUACUUCCCAGUGAGAACAGCAUAGAAUAUGUCAACUUAUACCACGUGGCCACGAGCAUGGAUGGUGUCAAUUUCACAAGGGUCACCGGUACAAACGGAAAGGACAAGAUCUUCCGAGGUAACAUAGAUUCUGACACCAUAGAAACAAGUAGUCUCCCGUGCCCUGUGUUCGCCAAGUACGUCCGCAUCAUCCCGGAGGCCUGGUCUCAGAACAUCUCUAUGCGGUUUGAUCUUUUGGGAUGUCAAAUUGACCAAAGUCAAAAAGCUCCUAUGACAACCACGCCACUGCCCACUUCGGCUCAGCCGCAGACAACAGCUCAAAGUCAGCAACAAACAACAGCCCAGAGUCAACAACAAACAACAGCUCAAAGUCAGCAACAAACAACAGCUCAAAGUCAACAAACAACAACUCAAAACCAACAGACCACAGCCAAAGCAGCUUUGACGACAGCGGCCAUCGUUAAAACGACAGCGAGCGCCGCCCAAGCUACAACAAAUGCUGGCACAACAGCGGGAGCUCCAGCAAUUGCUACUCUGGCAGGAAACGUUCCCGCUGUCCCUUGCGUCAGUGAUUGCAAGGGCAAAGCUAACGGAGACUACCAGGGGUGUAGUACGACUAAGAAAUCCUGUGAAAUGCCCACGUAUGUCGCCUGUUCCAACGGUAUUUUAUACACUAUGCCCUGCCCAGCAGGCUUGGUCUGGAAUGACGCACUGUCGAUUUGUGAUUGGCCAGUCGCAAACUGUUAACAACGCUAUUUCAAAACUGGAGAUGUAACCUUUGUAUUAAGAGACACUGCAGCAGAUGUAAGAGACUGGCGGAAAUCCUGCUAGUUGUUAAGGCCUGCAGUGACCAAUUAGAAAGACUAAUUUUGUAAAAAGAAUAGACAAUGAUAACAAAUUUUACAUUAUAAUUUGAAUUCUGAUAUAACUCAAUGUCAUAUAUUUUCAACAUGUAAUUUUCCUUCUUGUCCCGAUUAUAGUUGAUAUUUUGAAGAUAUUAUUCAAUAUGUGUAUAAUAAAGAUUUCUUUUGCGAAUAUUGUUCGUCGUUGUU